AAUCUAUUUUAAGAAAACUUUUUUUUUGUUUGGUUGUAGUGAAACAACAUACAAUUGAAGUAAAAAAAUAAAACUUUAUGAAUAAUCAACAACCAGUACACUACGAGAGAUUCUGUAGGAAAGACACGGUCGUAAAUAUUUCACGUAAUGAUGAAGUGGUGGAUUUUAAUGCUAAUUUUAAAGCUACAAUUUGAUCAAAUCCGAACAGAAGCGCAUGAAACCUGCACAACAUCGUCUCGUCAAAUUGGACAAUGCAAACUUGUAAAAGAUUGUGAAUUUGUAAGAAGUAUUCUACACAAUCCAAACCCUACACAUGAAGAGUGGUACUACUUGGAUCAUAAUACAUGUGGAAAAGUUCACGCAGAUCCUGUUCCAAAACCUCUGAUAUGCUGUCCAGAAAUAUAUAAUGUGCCGGAAUGUGGAGUAGCCAAAAUCGGGAAUAGAAUUUUCGGAGGCGAUGAAUCAGUGUUGGGUGAAAUUCCCUGGGCUGGUGUUAUUGUUUAUAGGAUCAGUAAAAAACGAUUGUCUGUAAAAUGUGGUUGCAGUCUCUUGAACUCUAGGUGGGCUCUCACUGCAGCUCAUUGCAUAAAUGAUGUUCCCAGUAGCUGGCGGAUACACCAAGUGAGGUUCAGUGAAUGGAACAUUCUUAAAAAACCACGAUGCACUGUGCUCGAUGGAGUAAUGAUUUGUAGACAGGAAUACGAUAUUGAGCGAUCGGUUGUACAUCCAUUAUAUCAAACGAAUUCUGCCAGCAUGAGACACGAUGUAGCUCUACUUAAAACGGUAAAGGAAGUUCAAUUUAAUGACUACGUUAUUCCUAUUUGUCUACCAUAUAGCGAAGAAAUUAGAGAAAUGCCGAUAAACGGGCAAAAAUUCAUCGUUACCGGUUGGGGACAAACAGAUAAAGGAAAUAAAGCCGGAGUACAACGUCACGUAACCAUUGCUGGUCAAGACAACAGUAUGUGCAAUACAGCAUUCUCUCGGCUGAACAUAACGCUUACAAUUGAACAGAUAUGUGCAGGAGGUGAAUUCGGGGAGGAUUCUUGUCGUGGUGAUUCUGGUGGUUCCCUGACAUUGCAACAUGGACUUGUUAAUUAUCAAAUUGGGGUCGUCAGUUUCGGUGCUGUUGAAUGUGGAACAAAGAAUCAUCCAGGAAUUUACACCAACGUAAUUCAGUAUCUGGAUUGGAUUGAAGAUGUAAUGAUUGAUUGAGUACAUAUGUUUGAUUCAAAAUAUUAUAUACGGGGUAGUUUAUCAUGUCUACAUACACAUAUGAAACAAGUUACAAAAUAUAUAAACGCGCAUCAAUCAAGAA